UCUGUGUGUGUCUGAUAGAAGCAUACAUGACUUUAAUAUAUAAUCAACUUUAUUCAUGAUAUGCUGUCUUACAAACAGGCAACGACUUCACAGCGAUAAGAAAAGAGUGAGCCUUGACAACAGGUAUUUGACCUUGAAGACAUCGUCCUAAGGCGAGACCGCGACUUAGGAUUAACACGCAAUGCUUACCCGACUCAUUAACAGCCGAGACCUGCAAUUACUCAAAGAAACACAAGAAAAUACCAAGCAUAGAGCCAAUAAUUAACUAAAUUACACCAAACCCUCAAAAUUAAUCAUCAGUCGUGACCCUGUACCCUGGCACGGAGCGAACGGUAACCAAGGAACAUGUAUUGGGCAGAGAAGAGGGCGAGUAUGAGAAUUUUCAAACAACUUCCCCGUAUUUUUCCACCAUUUGGGGGGCGUCGCGCCUCAACACUGACCAGCGGAAAGAGAUAUGAUGCCGUUGUCAUCGGAGGAGGCCACAAUGGACUUGUAGCUGCCGCCUACCUGGCCAAAGCAGGAAGGAGUGUCUGUGUGCUUGAACGUCGCCACAUUGUUGGAGGAGCCGCAGUGACGGAGGAAAUUGUUCCAGGAUUUAAGUUCUCUCGAGCCUCGUAUGUUUUAGGGCUUCUAAGGCCAAAGGUUUAUGAUGAUUUAGAGCUGAAGCGCCAUGGGUUAAAAGUGUACCCAAGAGAUCCAAGUUCCUACACGCCACUGCACGAGAAGGCAUGGCCGACGAGUGGAGGCAGAUCUUUGAUUCUGGGGCCUCAUGAGGAAGAAAACUUUAGACAGAUUGCACAGUUCUCAGAAAAAGAUGCAAAGGCUCUUCCCCAGCUAGAGUCUUUACUGAAUAAGUGUGCAGAGGCUAUAGCUCCACUUCUUGAUAAUGUAGCACCAGAUGUCAGAAGCCUCUACUCUUCUGGAAUUCUGAACAGAAUAAAGCAUUUACCCAAUUAUAUGCCACUCAUAAAGACUGCUUCUAUUUUAGGAAAAGACAUCCCUCAGUUAUACGAACUGAUGACUGCCCCAGCUUCUAAGAUUCUUGAUCGCUGGUUGGAGUCUGAACCGCUGAAAGCAACUUUAGCAACAGACAGUGUCAUAGGGGCCAUGAUCAGUCCCAACACCCCAGGCAGUGGAUACGUUUUGCUCCAUCAUGUGAUGGCCCAAGUGGCUGGAGUCCGAGGUGCCUGGGGUUACCCUGAAGGAGGCAUGGGUGGUGUUACGCAGGCUAUGGCCAGAGCGGCUGAGGAGGCUGGGGUUGAUAUAUUUACCAAUCAGCCUGUAAAAUCAGUUAUCCUUGGAGACAACAAGGAAGUAGUUGGUGUAGAGACUGAAGAGGGAAUGAAAAUAAAUGCUAAAACAGUUCUCUCUAAUGCCACUGCCUAUGUUACAUUUCUAAAACUACUCCCAGAGGGCUCAUUACCUAAAGAGUUUGAAGCAACAAUAAAAGGCAUUGAUUAUACUUCUCCAGUCUGUAAACUUAAUGUUGCCCUGAAAUCUCUGCCAAAUUUCAAGGCGAAUCCCAGUACAGAUAAAAAUACUGUAAUGCCUCAUCAUCGCUGCACUAUUCACCUUAACUGUGAGAGAACUGAGCUGUUGGAUGAAGCCUAUCUGCAGGCAAAGGCAGGACUCAUACCUGACAACCCAAUGAUAGAGAUGACUCUGCCUAGCAGCUGUGAUCCUACCUUGGCCCCUCCUGGCUGCCAUGUGGCGCUGUUCUUCACACAGUAUGUCCCGUACAAUCGGGCUGAUGGCAGACCCUGGGACAAGGAGACCAAGGAAGAGUAUGCAAAAAAGAUUUUUAAUGUUGUUGAAGAGUAUGCACCAGGUUUCAAGGACAGUAUUGUUGGCUAUGAGGUAUUGCCACCACCAGAGCUUGAGAGAAUAUUUGGUCUUACAGGAGGAAAUAUAUUUCAUGGUUCAAUGUCAUUAGAUCAGCUGUUUAUAUCCCGACCCUCACCAGCGCAGCCAGGCCCAUUCACCCCAAUUCCAGGCCUGUUUCUGUGUGGAUCAGGAGCUCAUCCUGGGGGUGGGGUCAUGGCUGCCCCAGGGCGUCUGGCUGCACUUUCUGCUUUACAGUGAGAUUUAUGAUGUGAAACAAUACCAUUAUUUGUUUAUUUACUUUUUCUAAGUGUUUGAUACCCCAAUGCCUUAUCUCAUAAUUGUGAGAUACAAAUAAUGAAGUAGCAAUUUAUUUUCUUUUACAUUACUGAUAAUAUAGCUAUUUUCACUCUAGAAUACCAUAAAGAAAUGUUUUAUAUUUUUCAGACAGAUUUAUAUAUUUUACUUUACUGUGUAUGAUCUUCUUCUUUUAACGGUAGGUUCAUGUCUGAGCCGCCGUGGUCACAGCAUGAUACUUAUUAUUAUUAUUUUUUUUUUCUGUGUAUGAUAAUAUAUGAUAUAUAUUGCUCAACUUCCAAGUACCAAUAAAAAGUCUCCAAAUGUUUAGUUUUAUUAUAUUUUUGUUAUUUAUAUGUACAGAUUGAAUUGAUAUCACAGAAAAAUAUUCACACAACAAAUAGUGUAAGGUUUAAGAACUACUUUUUCCUAUAUCAUAGUUGACCAGGACUUCUAUAUCAAUUACAUUGUUAAUUGUUUUGAACAUGUAACUCAUAAUGA